AUGACAGCAAUAGAUGUCCCUUGGUUGUCAACUCCACGCAGAGACAAUUCGCAUGGCACGCGCAGUAACUCGUCGUGCCAACCAUCCUGUACACAGAGGAUUGCCGUACCAAUAUCCCCGGACGCGGUUAAAUACCCAUUGGCAGUGUUUUGCUUCGCCUGGGCGGUGACAUUAGGGGCUUAUCUAGAUUCUCAGGAGCUCGUCAUUGGGUUUGCAUUCCAUGGCUGGGAUGGGGACACCAGCAUCCCGAGCGCAGGCACAUGUCGUAUCCGGAUUCGGCCCGAACAGGAGAUUCUCCCUGCCUUGGAUGAGGUUGUAGCCGAUGGCGACAAAGGGCUAAGAUCGUGGGUGGCCCAGGGAGCAGGCAGUGAGACUGAUAUCGCUAUCCAGAGGAAGGAGGUGGGCGAUAGUCUUCAUCCUGCAGUGCAUGGCGACGAAAAGCUGUCGCCCGAGAUAAUCAUCACCCCGAGUGGCAACCAAGGACCCUACCAUGUUCAAGGGAGGUUCGAUCCACAUAUUGUGGCCCCUGCACUCGCACACAUGAUGCUCCAUCAAUUCGCGUUUGCGGUGCAGGGCAUAGUCAGAGGCCAGAGCAGCAUUGCGUCCAGUCAGGUAAAGGACCUUCAGGCGAUCAGCCCCGACGGCAUGGCGCAGUUAAUGCGAUGGAACCGGCAAUCUGCGGCGGAAGAAGACGGUGCAUGCGUUCAGGAUUUAAUCCAAAGAACAUGCCAACAGCAGCCGCACGCCAUGGCCGUCUGCGCCUGGGAUGGCUCGUGGAGUUAUCAGGAGCUGGACUGCCAGGCGUCUCAUCUGGCGUCUCAGCUCUGCGAUCACGGCAUUGAACCGGAAAAGUUCGUGGGACUCCUCUUUGAAAAGUCCAAAUGGACCACCGUGGCCAUAUUAGCCGUACUCAAGGCCGGCGGGGCAUUCGUGCUCCUUGAUCCCACCCAGCCAGCGGCAUACCUGUCGGCCAUCUGCACCAUGACGAGGACCGCGCUCCUGCUAUGCUCCUCUCACAAUCAGCGUCUCGCGGCAGAGCUGAGGCAGACGACCAUUCAAGUGCCCCGGGAUCCGUACCACGGAGCCAUGCCCACCAGCGACUUUCGGCGACAGUCGUCCCCUGCAGUCCAGCCCCAUCACACCCUGUACGCAUGCUUCACCUCUGGGUCGACGGGGCGGCCGAAAGGGUUCAUCAUCGACCAUGUGGCAUUCAACAGCGGUCUGCAGACGUACGCUCACGCAACCGGCUUGGGAUGCGAUUCCCGGGUCUUCCAGUUUGCGUCGUAUAGCUUUGCACCCAGUAUCACGGAUCAACUCGCCUCACUCAUUGUGGGGGCUUCGAUAUGCGUGCCGGCCGAGGAAGAGCUGCAAAACGAUGUUGAAGGUUCCAUUUCCCAGCUGCAGGCGACCUGGCUAAAGUUGACCCCCUCCGUGGCCCGGACCUUGGAUCCCGGACGACUCCCUUGCGUCAAAACCCUAAUUCUAGUGGGCGAGGAGGCUCAAGUCUCCGACGUCGCCGCAUGGCAAGAUCAUGGAAUCACGGUCCUGGGACUGUACGGCCAGUCGGAGAAUGCCAAGGGCACGAUGGUCUCGCGCAAGAGUAGUGAAGAUGCAGACCCCGGCAAUAUCGGCUCUCCAUUCUGCGCCGUGGGGUGGGUUGUCGACCCCGAUGACUAUCACCGCCUCAUGCCCAUCGGCGCGACGGGGGAGCUCCUCCUAGAAAGCCCAUGUCUUUGCCGCGGAUAUAUUGACAACGAGGACGAGACGAAGCUAGCCUUCGUGUCGAAGCCAUCCUGGCUCACCCAGGUUCGGGGGCAGGGCACCGCACAACCCCUUUUGCGCACGGGAGACAUCGUCCGAUACAAUUGCGUCGACGGCACGUUCUGCCUCGUUGGCCGCAAGGGAAACCGGGUCAAACUUCGAGGCCAGCGCCUGGAGCUCGCUCAGGUGGAACAUCAUCUUCGCUCCUGUUUGUCGAGCACACACCCCGUUCUGGCUGAUGUCGUACAGCCAGCGAACGAGAACGGCCGGGACCCGAUGCUGGUCGCAUUCGUUCCGUGGGCGGACAGCCAGUCGGCCGCGGAUGCGACGGACGGCUUCUUUGCGCCACCCACGAAGGAUUUUCAGACCCAAGCCCGUGCGGUCCUUGGGAGGUUGCGGCAUCUUCUGCCCUCGUUCAUGGUCCCCAGCACCCUUUUGGCCGUGCGUACCAUACCACGGACGGGCACGGGAAAGAUUCACCGGCGACGCCUGCAGGAGGCGGCAUCGAUGCUUUCCCGGAAGCAGCUGAUGGCGUACAUCUCGCCGUUCAUCCCAUACCGGGCGCCAGAGACAGAGCUGGAGAGGAAGCUGCAGCGGGCCUGUGGCCGGUUGUUGAAUAUCGAAGCCGACCAGAUCAGCAUGCAGGACAACUUCUUCGAUCUUGGCGGUAACUCGCUCACAGCAAGGCAGCUUGUGGCGGUAGCGCGCGCAGAAGGCCUACAGGUCAGUGUUGCGCAGAUAUUCCAACAGCCCACCCUGGCUGGACUCGCACAAACCCACAGGCACCCAGUCCGACGCGCUGAAGUUCCUCGCAGCAGCCAUGACCCAGACCCGUUCGGCCGGGUUCGGGACGAUGUUCGUCGGGAAGGUCUGCCACAUAUCGCGCGUGGCAACAUUGAGGAUGCACUGCCUGUACUCUAUACGCAAAUGACCACGGCCCGAGAUCAUUGCGUUGAUUUCUUCCCGCUGCGCGUCAUCGGCGGCCAGCUAGAUCCCGAGCAACUUCGUCUGGCAUGGACUCGGGUCAUCCAAGCCUUCCCCAUUCUACGGACGGUGUUCCCCCGAUUCCGGGGCCGCUUUAUCCAGCUUGUUGUCCGGGAUAUCGGAGACUCAAACUUUUACCGAGUCGUCGAAGCUCCAUCCGGCCAGACGGCCGAGGAGUGGGCAAGGGCCCUCUGUACGGAGGCAAUCCAAUUCCGAUGCCCAGUCGACCGGCCUGUAGCCCAGCUGACGCUCAUCCAGGCAGCCGGCUCGAGUGCACUCGUCCUGCGGCUCUGUCACGCCCAGUAUGACGGCUCCUGUCUGGAACAUCUCGUCCGAAGUCUGAUGAUGGCUUACCAUGGCCGGCCUCUUGUGGUCGAAUCGGACUUCCAAGCGUACACCCGCACAUGCCUCCGGCUUCGCAUCCCGGAGGUGCUCGACUUCUGGCGCCGCUUCCUGGCCGGUUCAUCACCGACGCAGCUCGCGUCGUCAAUGACAGGCGAUCGCGAGGCGGCGCGGAAGAUCAAUCGGUCGUUCUUCCGGCGCGAGGUCAACAGCCUGGCCGCCCCGGCGGGGUUCACUCUUGCGACCGUCGUCAAGGCGGCCUGGUCAUGGGUGCUGAGGAACGAAACCCGAUCCGAGGACGUCGUAUUCGGCCAGCUCGUAAGCUGCCGUGGCAGUGUGCCUCUUCCCCAUGCCGACACCAUCAUCGGCCCAUGCAUGAACAUCAUCCCCGUCCGGGUGGGACGCGACUUACUCGGCGCCGUGCAAGCCCAGCAUGCGCAAACCAUGGAGUUCGACAUGAUCGGGAUGGACGAGAUCGUCAGACAUUGUACCUCGUGGCCGGCGGGGACCGAGCCGGACUCGAUCAUAAUCCAUGAGAACUUCCAUGUGGACUGGGAGGUUCACGACGGAGGGGUGACCAUUCAGAAGAUCGCCGCGGUGUUCAACCAGCAGCCAUCGUCAUUGACCUUUCUGAUAACGAUUCCGACAGAAACAGGCUUGAUCGCAGUCCUCAUGGCCCCCGCAAACAUGAGCAGCACGCAUGCAGACCGCGUUCUUGAUCUGUUUUGCAACACAUUAACCCGCCUUGCUUGGUCGCCAGCUGCUGUAUUACGGCGAUCCGAGUGA